UGCUCACUCAUUCAUUCUGUAAUUCAUUAUUUUUCUUGCCAUGUUAUUUGGGUUGUUUUUGUGUCGUGAAGAAAGAUAUUGUAAUUUAUCCUAGAAAAUCCGAAAUAAAGUAACAAUAUCAUAAGUUCCACCUAUUUGAACCUUCCUAGCGCGCUGAAAUAAGUCUACGAUGAAGAUACAAGUGUCGACCUUGUAUACCAACGUCUAUGUAUUUUGGUGGGCACAGUGAAGAAAAAGUGAAUUACUGUAAUUAGAAAAGCUGCCUUUUUGUCCUCAAUCGAAUUGUAACGAUGUGUUAUUUUGUGUAAAAUAUAACCGAACUAGUCGACUAAGAAGAUCAGUUUUACGCAGUAUUAUGUGUAUAGUGUGUGGUAAAGACCACCUGGAGUUCAGGCCUGUAACUUCACCAUGACUAUGUUUCCCUCGUCUGAUAUGGGCGCAGCACCUCAACAGCCGACAAAUCAAGUCGCUCAGAACGGCAGCACGACCCUACCCCGGUCGCACCAUCAAAGAACAGGUCGACCCCCGGCAGCCCCAAAGUCUUAUGACUACCUCUUGAAAGUGUUGCUAGUUGGAGACUCUGAUGUUGGCAAACAAGAAAUCUUGCAAGACUUAGAAGAUGGCUCAGCUGAUUCACCAUUUUGCAGUGGAAGUGCAUAUAAAACCACAACAAUCCUGCUUGACGGUAAGAGGGUGAAGCUGCAGCUAUGGGAUACGUCAGGACAAGGCAGGUUCUGCACCAUCAUACGUUCCUACUCCAGGGGUGCCCAAGGCAUCCUUCUGGUUUAUGACAUUACCAAUAAAUGGUCAUUUGAUAGUAUUGACAGGUGGCUAGAAGAAGUUGAACAGCAUGCACCAGGAGUGCCAAAGGUAUUGGUCGGCAAUCGACUCCAUCUUGCUUUCAAACGACAAGUUCAGGAAAGGGACGCUGAAUUAUAUGCUGCAAAAAAUCACAUGGCGUUUUUCGAAGUCAGUCCCCUAUGUGACUUUAAUAUCAGAGAAAGUUUCUGUGAAUUGUCCCGAAUGGCGUUACAUCGUAAUGGAAUGGAAAGGCUAUGGAGAAGUAAUAAAGUGCUAAGUCUCCAAGAGCUGUGUUGCCGUGCGAUAGUCGCUCGCACGUGUGUGUACGGCUUAGAGCGGCUCCCGUUGCCGACGGCUCUGAAGUCCCACCUCAAGUCGUACGCCAUCUCCGCCGCGCCUUCCCGCCGCCGCGCGCGACCCACCCCCCACCACACCCGCCUCAACUGCACCGGAAGAAACUCCUGCUGCAUUUCGUAAACACUACGGAAUAGAACCUAAAGGUAGACAUUUUCUGCAUCUCAACGGUAUAUCUAUGAAAGUUAAAUGGUACAUUCAUAGAUAUCUAUAUGAAAUUACUUUACGGUGUGACUUGGUAUAGCCAUCAUGAUUGCAUGAAGAGAUUUUUAAGUAACAAUCAAUAAUCCUGAUAAUGACAGUGAAUUACUGUUCCUAGCUUUUAGAUGCCCAAAUCUGUCUGUGAAGCGGUGCUAAAUUGAAUGCCGUAAUUUGUCACUGUCAAACAAUCUCUGAGGAUGAUUUUAUCACUAAAAGAAACAUCAGUCACCAUAAUAAUAUCAAUUUCAAGCAUGCUUAUGGACGCUACUUAUUGCCUUGAUUUAAUUUGUGAAUCAGGGUUUGUUUUUCUAAAGCGAGAAUCUACUUUUCACUCAAAACGUUUCAUGUUUCACUGAUGUGGCAAUACAAUUUGACAUUAUUCACUUGACCUUGUAAAUAUGCACCCGUAAUUGCCAAAUUAACUGCACAAACAAUUAAUAUUUUCCAAUAAUAACACCAAGUGAAAAUCUGGAGCUACUCUUCAAAUUGUUAUUGAAUGUUUUCUACAAUGAAUAUUAAGUGACAACACUAAAUCUUUAACUGCCAAUUAAUUAACUAUGAACGUUACUACAUACAUACAUAAUAUAGCACUUAUUGAACCUAUGUAGUAAAAUAGAAUAUACUUCUAAAAUACUGUCCAAAAUUGAAUGAUCCUAUCAAUAAACAGGCUGUAAUUGACAACGGAUUUGUGACUAGUUGAUAGAGAAGAGAGAUUAGAAUUAGGUAUUGUUACUUAAAGGAUAUGAUGUGACUAUAAGUGUUAUUUAAUUAUAUAAUAUGUGAAUAUUUUGUAGAAGGCAACUAGGUCCUCUAUUGUCCAUGUAAUUCGUAUGAAUCUAUAUUAACUUUGUACUGAAAAACAUUAUUAUUAUGUGCCUAGUUCUGUAACUAAUUAGUGCUAGAGAUGUAAAACUAUUAUAACACUGGAAGCAAAUGGAGAGUGCCAUCAACACUGGCGCAUGUGAAGUGACGUGAAAUGCCGAAUAUCAAGCAAUAUUAACGUUAGUGUGCACGGGCUGUAUAGCGACGCUAGAACAGGCGACAUUACAUGGCAGGACAAUGUAUUUUAAGAUGUUUUAACGUAUAAAUUGCUCCCAUUUUCAACAAAUAAUGUGUAUUUACCUAACAUUUAAGUACAACUAAUCCAACUAACAUGAACUUGGAUAUAAUAGCCUGCCUGUGAAUUGUGCAAAUCGAUUUAUUGUCCAUUAUUGUAAGCUAAGUAAGUUUCACUAUGUAAUAUUUAUCAUUUCAAAAUUUGUAAAUAUUUGACUAUAUUCUUAGUCAUACUUUUUCGAGUAUUUCGAUACAAACCAAAAUUGUGUGUAAGUUUUAAUACCAAUGUAAUAAAUCGAUCAGUUAUUUUGAGAAAUAAUAUUUAAUGUGAAAAAUAUUUUUCAUGUUAUUUAGUAAGAAAAUCAACUUUUAAAUAUUUCAUUUUGUGUACGUUUUCUAUAUGGUUGUGUAUGUUUUAAUAUAUGACAAUAUUCACUUAGGUUACCUAUUUCGCAUUUAACAAUCAAUGUGUAAUUGUCACGUAUUUUACAAAAAUUACAUGCGUCACAAAAUGUUUUCAACUGCUUCGGUCACUACUGUAAUCUAGUAUGAUCCGUCCCUUACCGCGACUGUUUUUCAACACUCAUUAUCUCGUCUCUGAAUAUAAGGAUUGUCCACUUUCUUCAACUACUCUUUACUGGUGUAGAUCACAUGUGUACCAAAUUGAUUUAUGAUGAAGAACAAGUAGAUAAUGUCUGCACUAGGUUGUACAAAAUUCUCGUAUUAGUAUCAUUGUAUCGUACGCAUUUUCCUAGACUAUCAUUAAUCUUCCGCGGCUAUUAUAAACUGCUCCAUAUUUAUCCCAUAAUCUUCUUAUACUUAGUAACCCUAUAUACCCGAAUCUUUAAUUUUAAUUCUUGAGUAACGAUACAUAAUAUAUCCCUAAUUCGAGUAUUAUACCAUAUUUUAUUAACAGUAUUACAUUUUUCAAACCCAGACUGACAGUUUCUUCUGGAAGCUUGCACUAAAUUUCAAUUAUGUGCAUACAUUCUGCACUUUCUUUGCAUGUCUUUACUCCUUUAUAUUAUGAAGCAGUUCCACAUUAGAUAGCUGCUACAAUUUAUAACGCGUCACAUAAUCAAAGGUUCUUGUACAUUUCUAUUUCGCGUAGAUAAAAUAUCUUUUGUAAAUAAUUUAGUUUACGCAUUAUUUUCAUAUAAUAUUUGUGAUAGAUUUAGUUCAUAUAUCAUUAUCCA